AUGUCUACCGCAAAGGCCACCAAAAAGAGUGCCUUUUCUUGCGAGCCGUGUCGUAGGCGCAAGGUGAAAUGCGGAGGCGAACAGCCCAUGUGCCAACGGUGUGCUGCUCGCAGCGAUGAUUGUGUUUACAAGCUCAAUCCGACAUUGUCAUACACUCAGCGGCUGGAGGAACGUAUCAGGGAGCUUGAGGAUCAAGUUUCCAACCUCAAGAAAUCUCCCCCAUCGCUUGCCGGUUCAUCCCAUUCGAGCCCUCUCGUGUCAAGCAACCACGAUGGAACAUCACAGGCUACAGGCCGGGACACCGACGACCAAGGCGUCAGUCGAAGCUUUCGAACCCUCAAAGUCGACGACAAAGGCAGUAUAACGUACCAUGGAGCUACCAGCUUCUUCAACCUCCCCAGCGAACGGAACGGGUUUGGCUUAUCGGAUGUCUACUUCUUGCACACACCAUCGAUAGAUACGGAUAGUCAACGACGGGAACGCCUCAUUAGCAAUGCAUGGCACCAGCGUGCUAUGGAGAAUCUCUCCGAGAUACCGGAGCCUUUCCAGUACCUUCUCAACGUGCACUGGUGCUGGAUUCAACCGCUUUUCAACUUUAUAUACAGACCGGUUUUCACGCGCGAUAUGCAAUGUAUGGGCCCGUACUAUUCUCACACACUUCUCAACGCCGUGAUCUCGCAUUCGAUCCGGUGGGGGCGGAGUGACGCGUCAACAAGACGACUGCUGGAUGAAUCAUACCAAGGAGGUGCGGUUUUUGGCAAGCACGCCCGAAAUAUGCUAUUCCAAGAAUUGAGCAGCGGGGUUUGUACGAUACCUACGAUCCAAACGCUGCUUUUGCUCAGCGCGCAGGAAUGCAGCCUGGGAAAUUCUACGCAGGCCUGGACCUACAGUGGUAUCGCAUUUCGGUUGAUCGACCAUCUUGGCAUUUGCGUGGAUAGUCAACGUUUUCCAGGAUCGGUACCUUUGAGUGACGAGGAGCUGGAAAUACGGCGGCGCAUCUACUGGGGCUGUUUCUUCUGGGACAAGUUGAUUUGUCUCUACUUGGGACGUUCUCCCUCCUUGCAGCAUACAGACAUCUCGCCAUCGCAAGUAAUGUUUGACGAUUCGGCCGAGGAUGAUGUUUGGGUCCCCUUUGGCACACCACAGACGGACCCGUCUUGGAAAUACCCUCCGACCACGGCUCACUCGGCUUCUUGUUUCAUGAGCAUGUGCCGACUUUCACUCAUCUUCAACGAGAUCCUCGUCCACAUGUAUGAUCCGCUGUCGCAAAAUACGGACACCGAGAUCCAAGAAUGUCUCGAGUCCCAAGAACCGUUGUUGCGGCAGUGGUGGCAUCAACUCCCGGUUCAUCUCAAAAUCGAUGCAGCCGCGUUACCUGCGCUAGCCCCACCAUCACAUAUUGUGACGCUGAAUUGUCUGUAUCACGUUUUCAAAAUCCUGCUGUAUCGGCCGACGCUCACUGGCAGAGGUCAACGAGGAAAUGACGAUACGUCGCCCGUCGAACGGUAUCUGGUUGAGAGCGUGACAUCAGCCACCUCCAUCAUGGCCAUUUUUGAUCUGUUUUGUCGAACAUUUACCAUGCAGUACUGCGUCCUGUCUCUUGCCUAUUGCGUGUACAUAGCCUCAUCCAUAUUCCUGCUUCAAGUCCAGGCAGCCCCUGGAGACCACCAAGCCAUGCGGAAGCUCACGUACUGCAUCCAAUGCUUGCAGCAAGUGCGACAAAUCAGUCCGGUCAUUGAAUGUGCCUUGAAAAACAUUGGCAAAGAGCUUACAGAGGUUGGCAUCCCGUUCGGCGGCAACUCUCCCCAAUCGCCACCGCAACCGCGAAAAUCGCCAACUGCGGCCGAGUCGAGCGUGCCUCGCUCGGGUCCCGCAUAUCAACCUUCUCCCGAGACCAGCGCGUCGGAACCCAACAUUUCGCACCCGGGUUAUCAGCCGUCUUUCAACCAAUAUUUUGGUCCAGACGCCAUGUCAAUGGGGCCUGGGGUCUUUGAGACCAUGUCGACCCUGGAGCCCCUCAGCAUUCGGGUGGGAGCUAUUCCAGAGCCCGAGUUGCCGCCUAUCUACGGCUGA